GCGUGCGAUACUAAACGGUGGAGGAUACAGACAGACUGGUUGGUUGGGGACCGAGAGAGCCGCUGCCUGACUUUCUCCAGUCGCUCUAAGCUUGGAUCAAGAGGUAAACACUCACACAGACUGCGGAAGGCAACAGAGACCUGGUAAAGGAGGGACGGCUACAUGCACAGUUGUGUUUGUCUGUAGAAGACCAGAGUAUCAGAAGGAACCAUGAAUUUUGUGAUGAAGCAAGCCUUAGGUGGGGCCACUAAAGACAUGGGGAAAAUGUUAGGCGGAGAGGAGGAGAAGGAUCCAGAGGCCGCAAAGAAGAAGAAGGAGGAAGAGGAGGAGAGACAGGAGGCACUGAGACAACAGGAGGAGGAGAGGAAGGAUAAGCACAGGAAAAUGGAGGCGGAAAGAGAAGUCGUGCGACAGUCCAUCAGGGACAAGUAUGGCUUGAAGAAGAAGGAGGAGAAGGAGGCGGAGGAGAAGGCAGCCAUGGAGCAGGCCUGUGAGGGGUCUCUGACGCGUGCCAAGAAGGCCAUCCCAGCCGGGUGCGGAGACGAGGAAGACGAGGAUGAGGAGAGCAUUCUGGACACCGUCCUCAAGUUCCUCCCUGGACCUCUAAAGGACAUGUUCAAGAAGUAAUGAACACAUCGACAACAACAACACAUGGUUCGGUCCAGCCAGGGGGAGGGGGAGGGGAGAUCUGGGACUGGGGAUUUGGGUAGAAGGGGUUCUUGCCAAACGGCCAUUCACUGCCUUUACAGAAGUAUUUGUUGUUUUCUUACUCUGACUAGACACAAUGUGGUUAUAUAUCAACCCACAGCUUUUCGUCGGGUCUCUCAACUGCCGACUGAGUUUAUGUUUGCUAAUUUUCCCCACUUAUCUAACAUUCCAACAUUGGUAUAUAGAUUCACCGCACCAGGUAGAUGCAUUUGGAUUGGUUGGCCAUUGGUAUUAACUGGGGUAAAGAGUUUCUGUCCAGCCAUGCAUUAGAGAGCAGGGUUCAAUCCACCAUACCAGUGGGCACUUCAAUGGGCAAUUCCUGCUCAUGUGGUUGAAAAGCGCUGCCAACACGUAUCUGAAGAUGGAGCGCUUUUCUUUUCUUUUUUUAAUUCACUGGCUUUUUCUAUUUUUAUAGUAAGUAAGCUACUGUAACUGUAUGGGAAGGGGAUAUUCUAUUCUAGGUCUUUUUGAGAUCAGCAGUUUAGUUAGUUUAGACUGUGCCUUCGUAGGACCUUCUCCAACAGGGGAACUGUUAAUGAGGGUCUCGUUGAAGUCGUUUGACGAUAUCAUUUAACUUCAUCUUCAUUUAACUUCAUGUUUGUCUUCAAAGGACGCAAACAUGCCACAUUAUGACGUAUGUAUUUAAUGUUAGUCUGGCUGUACGAAUAGAGCUGAUCCAAUGCCUUCUUAAUGCUAUGAAACAACUGAGGCAAGUGGAAUAUUUGAUUUCCCUUUACAUUCCUGACUAAUAAUAAAACAUCUCUCAUUUUCCCAGAUUAAAUGUAGGAGAUUAUCAGCUUGACCGACUGCAUCUUGUGAGAGAAACCAUUUUUGCUCAAACAAAGGUCACCCCGUCAACAUUAAACACUCAGAUUAUCCAUAGAAUACAACAGAUUCACCCCGUCAACAUUAAACACUCAGAUUAUCCAUAGAAUACAACAGAUUCACCCCGUCAACAUUAAACACUCAGAUUAUCCAUAGAAUACAACAGAUUAAUAUUCAACAUUAAACACUCAGAUUAUCCAUAGAAUACAACAGAUUCAUCCUGUCAACAUUAAACACUCAGAUUAUCCAUAGAAUACAACAGAUUCACAUUCUGUGUAGAGAAGAAGAAAAACACGCACAGUUCUAUGAAAAUGAUUUAGUCAACAUCACAUUUAACCGUUGGUGGUUAGUGCAGUCCAAAGACAAUCAAACAUGAGCACUGCAUUACAGUGAAGGAAGCCUAUACUGCGUAUGUCGUCCUUUCACUACCCACCUCCCAUACCACACGUCUGUUUUACACAAGCUACUUGUUUAACUCAUUCUUUUGGAGGCUAUUAUGAAACAGUAAGCAAUGUUAAAUGGAAUUUCAUUUAUUUCAUAGUUAAUAAAUUGACCUAAAUAAAUUCCUUUAUAAAUUCCAUGUUAUCCUGAGAGACAAUCGCAAUUGGUAGUGUUUGAAUCAUUAAUAUCCAAAGAUACUGAAAAAAACAUGAUCAUUUAUUUUGUCCCCACUAACUAAGGAAAUUGUCCAGAACUAAGGAAGUGGUCCAGUCUUGUUGAUUUCAGUAGGAAUAGGCUGGCAACAUAUAGUUUUAUGUAGACAUUGAUGUCAUUUUGGGAUUCACUUUCCAAAGACCAAACCCUGUGAAGUUUUAAUUGUCAGAAAUUCUCAUAUUUUUCAUAUAACGUACAUGGCUACAUGACACUGAAGAUUGAUAUAUUCGAGAAAAAAGAAAAAAAAGUAAAAAUUUAAAUAAUCACAGGUUAUGAAUAAAUUAUUCAUAAUUGUUCUCUUUUUUUUAGGUCUGAUAGGGUUUUUCACGAGGUAAAAGCAUAUGGUUUAGAAUGUAAUAAUCACACAAAAAAAACUAUAACAAUUAUAAUUCAAUGUUAAAAAUUUUAAAAAUCCUGUAUAGAAAAAAAGUGUAGUUCCGUUACACUAUCUACCUAUUCGUCUAAACCCUUCUCACCAACUGUAUCCUAAUGUGUACAAUAUACAAGUGUAUACGCAAAGAAAAGCAGAGGAGAAAACGAGGAAGUCAUUGUAAUGAUGUCUAUGUACUACUACAGUACAUGUACUGUAUGUAUGUUUGUAUGUUUAUACAAUAUCUGUGUCUUUCUAUAGUGACGUGAUGUCCCUGUUUAUAAGUGUCGAUGAAUCCUGUGUGCACAGACUCUAACCAGGCUCGGAUUGGUUGUGCCAUAUGUCUAAAAAAAAUACUUAACACAUUCCUUUCACAUCGCCAUAGGAACAUAGGGGGGAAAUUCACACCAAAUACAACAACACAAACGACGGCCUGUUUAUGUUGUAGUCUCCCGGCAACAGAAUCUGUUUUACUAGAUUCAGAAGUUUGGGUUGUUGUCGAUUCCCAGCUCUGUGAUGGCCUGUGUCGAUCCCAUACAGAAUAAGAGUUUGUUGAUGACAGACUGAAUUGUUAUAACACCUGGCCCUAUAACAUCCUACUGCUAUAACACCAGGCCCUAUAACAUCCCCAGAUGCUAUUCAUUCUGUUUGCUCAACCAGACCUGCCUUCUCAUGUGAUGAUGCAAUUCAUUUCAUGACAAAAACAACAUUUACAGAAGGUGGCUUUAACCCUACCUUUACUCGGACUUUUAUAAACAAUCAGAAUUAUAUAAUUCAACAACACGUACUGUUAACCCCAAACUGGGGACACACUUUAUUUAACUAGGCAAAUCAGUUUAAGAACAAAUUCUUAUUUUCAAUGACGGCCUAGGAACAGUGGGUUAACUGCCUGUUCAGGGGCAGAACGACAGAUUUGUACCUUGUCAGCUCGGGGAUAUGAAGUUGCAACCUUUCGGUUACUAGUCCAACGCUCUAACCACUAGGCUACCCUGCCACCCCAUAUAUAUCCUCUCAUAAUCUGAACUAUAUAACACACGUCACAGAGAUAGUGUGCCACUGCCCAAGUAAAGUCCAGACAGGAUGUGCUGCCAUACAGAUUUGCUCUCCUUAUUACAGACCAUUUUAACAAUAUGUUUCCAUUUUGGUCAAAGAAGCUGUUGAGGUUUUUCUGUUGUCUUCAUCCCAAUACCUGUAGUUCAGAUACAUAUAUGUUUCCUCGACAUAUUCUGCUGGGGACGUACUAUAUGCAGUAAAUCAAACAUCUGUGUAUAUUGAUGAUAGCAUGUAUUCCAAGCAGCAUACAGCUCAUACCUCUGCCCCAGUUGUAAACAUACUCUUGUAAUUACGGUAAUGUAUGGAACAUGUAUGAGUGGUUCCAAUUUGGCUUUACAAUUAUAAUGCAUAUUUCUCUGUCUUGCUGCUGCAUAUUAGUGAUAUAUGAUGGUUGGGUGAUUGUCCCUGGCUGGGAUAGGGGCAUAAAUCUGUGUCCAAACUUCAACUGCGAUACUCACACUUUCCUCCUGUAAUUGUUUAGAGUAGGGUUUGUCAAACAGGAAAAAUAGCCAUAUUUCAUCUGUCUAUUAUCCUCUCUCUUUCUCUUUAUCUGUCUAUAUAUCUAUUUCUCUCUCUCUCUUCAUCUCUCUAUAUAUCUCUUUCUCUCUCUCUCUUCAUCUCUCUCUAUAUCUCUUUCUCUCUCUCUCUUCAUCUCUCUAUAUAUCUCUUUCUCUCUAUAUAUAUAUAUCUCUUUCUCUCUCUCUCUUCAUCUCUCUAUAUAUCUCUUUCUCUCUCUCCAUCUCUCUAUAUAUCUCUUUCUCUCUCUCUCAUCUCUCUAUAUCUCUUUCUCUCUCUAAAUAUCUCUUUCUCUCUCUAUCUCUAUAUAUCUCUUUCUCUCUCUCUUUUCCUCUCUCUCUCUCUCUUCCUCCCUCUCUCUCCUCUCUUUCCCCCUCUCUCUUCCUCUCCCUCUCUCUCUCUCUCUCUAUCUUCCUCUCUCUUCCUCUCCCUUUCUCUCUCUCCUCUUUCCCCCUCUCUCUCCUCUUUCCCCCUCUCUCUCCUCUCUUUCCCCCUCUCUCUCUCUCUUCCUCUCUCUCUCUCUCUGACAUAUUCUCAAGGCACCACAGCAUGAUGUGAACUGCCUUUUUGCAAAGGGCUAUUAUCAUUUACUUUUCACAUAAAUGAGUACAUCUGUCACAAACAAUGCUUGUUCUGGUAAUGUUUACUAGGUAUUUAAUUAUUUUGGUUGCAUGAAAUGGUGUGGAAAUAAUAUUUAUUAUUGUCCUUCUGACCUAUAAUAUUAGCAAGGCCAGGAACACAAGACUCAUUAAUUAAGCUCUCAGAUGGAGUGAUUUAACAAUAUAGAUAUGUGUCCUCUGGUAUUACACAAGAACAUUCCUAUUUUUGAAAUGGAAUUGAGCCCUGCCCUGGUGAAAUGUUCGAUUGCAUUAAUUUAACAUGAAAAGGUGGAAAAACAGCAGAAUUAUAACUUUUCUCCUGUAUAUUACGUGCACCUUGACAGUAGUCUUUGGAUUAGGGUUCAGAAUUACUCCCUCAGCAUUGAUGGAAAAUACAAACAACGUCAGGUCGGAGGUAACAAAGGUCUGAUAUUGAAAGACUGGAUUAUUUAGUCAAUUUCAAAAUAAAUGGGAUGCCUACAUUUCAAAACAUUACAAACCUUAACUGUCGUGGGCACUUUGUCCAAAGACAGAAUGAGUGUUUUACUUGACAUCAUGUUUAUGUGAAAAUGAUGAACAUGGGUAUGGUGAUAUUUUAAAAAUAAAGUGAUCAUUUUUAAAACUAAUAUAAAACGUAUAAUUAGUGUCAGAGAGAUAGAUUUAAAAAAAUAUAUAUAUAAUAAUAAUAAUUUUUUUGAGAGAUGUUCAUGCAAUCAUAUGGGGAGAUUUCUAGUGUGGUCAGAUUUUAAGAUCAGAUCACACAUCCUGUUUCAGAAUAAACCUUUCAAAUAAAUAAUCCUAUCAACUUUAUUGUCUGUCAAACUGUAGCCGUUAUUGAGAUUGAUGUGUGACUUUUGUUUGAAUGACUGGACUGCUGUUACAUCUCUCUGAUGUUGCUUAACACCUGUCAGCUAUUUUGUAAUGAGCCACACUGUUGUCCUGCCGAAUACGGGUGUGAAACAAAGCACAGAAAGAAUCCCACCAUACAUGCAGUCCAGUCUUGAGAAAAUGGCCCCUGCCUGUUAGUGUUAUGGUACCCUAUUACUGGUCAAAAGUGGGGCCCUACGCUCUUAGUAAAAAGGGUUCCCAAAAGGGUUCUUCGGCUGUCCACAUAAAAUAAACCUUUUUGGUUCCAGGUAGAAUCCUUUAGGGUUCCAAAUAGAACCCUCAGGUAAAAAGGGUUCUACAUGGAACCCAAACAAAUUUAAUCUGCAACCAAAAGGGUUCUAACUUGAACUAAAAAGGGUUAUUCAAAGGGUUCUCCUAUGGGGAGAGGCGUAAAAACCCUUUUAGGUUCUAGAUAGCGCUAAGCGGUUCUAGGGUUCCAUUUCAGCCAUAUUUCCAGUUGUCUUACGAUCUGCCUGACUGAGGAUGUACAACUAACGCUAGUGUGAAAGGGUGCACCGAACGCUAAACCUUAAAUACAUUCCAAUGUUUUGAUAUUUGCACUAAAAUAUCUUCUAACUUUCCCUAUGGAGAGAAACUGUUGUGGGAUCAGUCAUUGUGUCAACCUGUCUUUAAGAACAUUCUCUAUGUGGCUCACCGUUGUAGUACUGUUUCAAUGUGACUGGCAUUGAUGUUCUAAAAAGGGAAAUAAAAAUCAUGAUCAUUUUUGUCAGUUUGAGGAUUUUUUUUCCUUCUCAAUACUACAUUCAGGAUGAGAAUGUAAAACAUUAGUAAUUAUAAUGUCCUUAUCUGCAUGUCAUAUACUCUUUUAUGUGGAACCACAUCACUAUAGACUCAUCAUUGGGAAAUUAAAAUGCAUAACAAAUAAAAGUGUUUCAAAAAAAAAA